CACUUCCUCUCUUCUUCCUUUAACCUCCACAGCUGAGCAGCUCUCUCCUAUUUCCUCUGAGGGACAGCAUGGCUAGUGCUGCUGUUGACAAUAUGUCGACUCUUUUAUACUUAAUGUUUGAAUCGUAAAGGCUUCGUAUGGAUACUGUUGGUGGGGAUAACUGGCGGAGACGCACGAGGAGCGCGCGAGCCUGCUCCAAGCCAACCAGAGCGCGAGCUGACGAGUCCAAUGUGCUGCGGUGUCUGAGUGUGGGGAACACGGAAGAAGGCCAUGACAUGGAGGAGGACAUCGGCCUCAAGCAGGACAGUCUGGAGGGACGAGUCAUGUCGCCCCGCUACAGCCUGCUUCGGGAGGUGGGCAGGGGCACCUACGGCGUGGUGUUUGAAGCGGUGGCCCGGAGGUCCGGGGCCAAAGUGGCCGUGAAGAAGCUGAGAUGCGACGCGCCGGAAAACGUGGAGCUCGCCUUGCAGGAGUUCUGGGCCCUGGCAAGCCUGGAGAAACGGCAUGAAAACGUGGUGCAGCUGGAAGAGUGUGUGCUGCAGAGGAACGGCAUGGCCCAGAAGAUGAGUCACGGGAACAAACGGUCCAAACAGUACCUGCGUCUGGUGGAGACUUCUCUGAAAGGUGAGCGAGUGCUCGGUCCUUCAGAGGAGCCGUGCUACCUCUGGUUCGUCAUGGAGUUCUGUGAAGGCGGCGACCUCAACCAGUUCAUCCUGUCCCGGAGGCCCAACCCGCUGACCAACAACAGCUUUAUGCUCCAGCUGACCAGCGCCGUUGCUUUCUUGCAUGAAAACAACAUUGUCCACAGAGACCUCAAACCUGACAACAUCCUCAUCUCAGAGAGAUCAGGGACUCCAGUUCUCAAGGUGGCCGACUUUGGCCUGAGUAAAGUCUGCGCUGGUAUAGGAAACACAAACGUUGGCAAAGAAGGCGAAGACAAGAACAAAAACAUUAACGUGAACAAGUUUUGGUUGUCCUCUGCGUGCGGCUCAGACUUCUUCAUGGCUCCAGAGGUGUGGGAGGGCCACUACACGGCCAAGGCUGACAUAUUUGCCCUAGGCAUCAUCAUCUGGGCCAUGCUGGAAAGAAUUACCUUCAUUGAUGCGGAGUCUAAGCGGGAGCUGCUGGGUACCUAUGUGAGGCAGGGAGUGGACAUUGUGCCGGUGGGUGAGGCACUGCUAGAGAAUCCAAAGAUGGUACUGAACAUCCCACAGAAACGCAGGUCGUGCAUGUCUGACGGAGUGAGGAAGCUGCUGCAGGAAAUGCUCGCCGUCAACCCUCAGGACCGGCCCGAUGCGGUCCAGCUGCAGACCCGAAUGGACCAGGUCACCUAGGUGUGCUGCGUGACCUUCAACCUGAUAGAUUUACAGACGUUCUACGGGAGCUGCUCACUGUUCAACCUGAAGACUGUGAAGAGAAGCUGAAGUUUGGAUGCUAAAAUGGGAUUUGUGUUUUCUUUGAACUUGUUUACAGUGUGAUCAUCUGCCAAUGCUGAUGGAGAAUGUUUGUCUUGUCUAAAAAUGAUAAUAAAGCAGGAAAUAAUGAAGAUGUGGGGAAAUUCCCAUUGGAUAACAAGUUGUAGAUUUAAUGUAAGCUUAAGUGCCGGAUUACUUUAUGUGCAGGUGUUCACAGCGUGGGUCAUCUCCAUGUGUCGGAUAUUUUAAUCAUAUUAAAUGAACACACCGGGACAUUAGAUUCACAAUACUGCUAGAAACAUGUCACUUCCUGUGGGGGUGUUUCUGUUAUUGUGUCCAACACUUCAGUGAAGGCUGGUCUCAUGCCAGAUGUUGCUGACACUUAGGAUUGUCUUGCAUAUGCUUACCAGCCGUAUGGUGGUUUAUUUCCUCAUAACAAUACAUUAGUACACGUCAUUGUCAUGUGACGCCCUCUGAGAAACCACCGCUUCAUGGUCUGGAAGAACUAGAAAACCAUAACGGCCCUUCUGUUGCAGUUUACUCCACAAAUCUGUUGGUUAACAUGGAAGAACACUACAUAGGAGUAGUCAUGGUUGGUUAUUAGGUGUGAGUGUGUGUGUGUAUAGAUAUUUAUAUAUAUAAAUAUCUAGAUAUAUAUACACAUCUCUCAAAUACAGCCACUAUUUAUAUUCCUCUGUUUGAGAGUUUUGGCUAAUCUAGUGAGUGAAAUACUUGCAAAGAGCCUGUGAGUUGGAAAGAUGUGACAUCCAUUGGUUCACAGCAUUGCCUGAAAGUCUUACAGUGGGUCACCUUGGUAUACAUUUGAAAAGCCCUCGUAAAAAAAACCAUCCCAUUUAGCCUGUGGGCGAAUCUGAAUAUGUGCAGCUUCCACACGUCUUUGCCUUCGACUAGUUACCAUGAUUUCAGAGAUCAGGUUAUUUUUUCAUUUGGAUGCGACUUCAUUGUGCUCCUUGAGUUCCUUUGUAAUCUCAUUGUUUAAACCUAUGGUGCCUUGAAUUUGCUAGUCAGAUUAAAUUUGGCUCACAGACGUGCAGCUGUCAUAUUUUUGUAUUAUUUUGCAGUCCAAAUGCAUUAUUAAUGAUUUAUGCUAUAAAUAAUUUGGUUUCUAACCACAAGAAAAAUAUGGAUUUCCAAGUUUCCCAUGUGUUCAUUUGAAAGAAGACGAUAUAUGUUUUAUUAUUUUAUCGGCCAUUGAUUUGUUGUGUAAAUGACUAUUAAAGGGAACUGAAGAUUGAAUGUUAAUUUGAAUAGGUGCCAUUAAUGUUAUAGGAGCUAAAUGAUGUCAUCCUGUAAACUUUGAUGCAAAGAUUCGUUUUUUUCUUGAGGAAUAAUCACACUUAAUUGAAGUGUUGCUAAAUUCAGUUACAGCCGUUUUUGAGAUGUGAUUGGUUGAAGUUUCGGAGCGGUUUGGAACACAGUGAAUCACAGCUGAAUAUUGUCAUUUCCCCCCUAAAACCAAACGUCUGAAUACACAUGUUGAACCCUGAAUCUUAAUCCUGUUUUUAUUUGUACUACCUCAUUGUCUUCACUGAGCCAUCAUGUAAUGUUCCAUUCGUCAGUUUGAGAGGACCGGUUAGAUUCCCCGGAGGAGGUUCAGGUUUCCCUGGAUUGUGAAUGCAUCACAAUAGUCUGUAAUAAGUGACUCAGCAUUUUUGCUGAUGCAUUGUGAGAAAUUGGUUUACAUUCAUUCAAAUGUUUACACAACUUUAGCUCAACACACUUCAUAAUGUUCGUUGGUUAUUUUGUGCAUUAUGUGAACAAUGUACCUCUGUCCCCCACUUCUGUUUCAUCACAGUAUUAGCGUCUGGUUGUGCAGGGUAUUAAUCAUUUUGAACUGGAGAUGAGCUAAGGGUAGGGAACUCAGUUCUUUAUUCUGAUUUCUGAGUUGCUUUUUUACUUUAAUUUAGAGGAAUGUACGUAAAGAGAUUUAAGCAGACCUUGAAUAUUCCCCCGCCUCUGCAGGGCUUCCUCGGGCGAAAUGUGUGCAGGAACGCUGUAGUGACUUGUAUGUCACUUGUUACACUCUUCUAUGCAAUACACUGUGGAUUGUUCAUCCAGGCCCAGCUGAUUGAGUCCUUUUUGUGCUCCGAUCAAUUGACCCUUUAUUUCAACACAAUGUGCAGUUCUGGUUGUACAAGAUAGUAAGGUUGAUCUUUUUUUUUUGUAUUGCCGAAUUUGUACCAAGGCUCUGUUUCAAUAAAGGUUGGCAAUACCUCA